AUUACUUUUUGUAGAUAAAUGUAAGUCAAUAAGUUGUCUGCAAUACAAGGAUAUAUGUAAUCAAAAUGAAGAAACCUGCUGUGAAAAGAAAAGGUUUGAAUUCAACAUUGAAUACAAGCUCAACACUCAAUCGAUCAAUAGCUACUUAUGGAAAAGUUCAAAUUCGAUUUCUUCAAGAUAUUCCAUGUUCAAAUUGGUUACCGCCAGAUGAUUCAAUAGGUGGUAGAAAAAAGAAGGAUAUAUUUUCUGACGAUUCAAAUUCAUUUUCAACUAUGAAUCUUGCAGCUCCUGAAGCUAAUAAGGUUCAGAAUAAUUUAUUCGACUCCGACAGUGAUGAUGAUGACUUCAAAGUACCUGUUAAGAAGAGACGAAAAUGUUUGACCACAAAACAAAACGUAAAACCAAAUAAUAAUACAAAAUCAAAAGUAACAUCUAAAAGAAAUAAUAAGAAGGCUAUGAGAAAGGUUCCAAAGCCGGAAAAGGCUGGGAAAGAAAAAAAUUUGGCGAAUGAAUACAAGAAAAGUUCUGAAAAUGAGGAAAAUGCAAAACCAAAUUUUGACACAGAAAAGGAAAUUAUAACUACAAAUAAUGAAUACCCAAUUAGUUCGGAACAGUUUCUUACGGAAGCAUCUUCAGAAAAAGUCACAGAUAGUAUACAAAAUACAAAUUUACAACAAUUUGAUACAAAAUCCAGAGUGACAAAUGGCCUGUCUCUUAAUAAAACUGAUGAACAAUCCUUAGAUAUGUUUACUAAUGCACCUGUCAUGUCUACUAUAUUCACAGAGCAAAACAAUUCGACACUAGCUUCGCCCCAAGUGAUUGAGAGUCAAAGGUCAAACAAUGUAGGAAAUGAUCGGAAUGAAAGGCAAAAAGAUAAUAUUCUGAAAUCAAUUUUAAAAGAUCCAAUAAUACAUUCCAUAAAUUCCUCAAGGCAAUCUUUAGAAGAUAACAACAUUUCCUCUUGUUCGAAACACAGAGUUAGCUUCAAUAGCACUGUGAUGUAUCACGCUGCAAAUAUUGAAAUGGAUGAUGAGAACGUUCCUAUACCCAGCGGCUUCUCCGUACAUAACCAAGGGUGGAGCCUGAGUAACAAUCAACCAAUGAUUGCUCAAAGUACUCCACUACAUAAUAAACCUUCACAUAGGUUGUUAAAAGCUAAUAUACAAAAAGAAGUUGAGAAAGACGAUCAAAAUUGCAAAAAUGAUCCGAAAAAUUCGAAACAGAAGAAGCAAACUGUCGACUGUGUUCAGUCUAGGGGUACUCAACCUGAUAAUAAAGUAAUGUCUAAAAAUAGUACUGCCUUAAAAGUUGCUCCCACCACAGUGAAAAAUAAAAAAGUUGCAGCCAAAAGAGCACCAGUGCAAACUAAGCGUAAACCAAAAAGAGUACCUGUUUGGAAGAAAAAUGGUGGCAGUUCGUUUUGUAAGUUGUCAAAAAUAGGAAAAUCUAAUAAUGAUAGUAUUCAUCAUCAAAUUAUGAUUGGUGCUACGGUCGACCCAAAAUAUAAUUUUUUAGACAAUUCAGAUGAUGCUUAUUUUGUUGAUAGUAAGUCUGAGGACUCAAUAAGAGUUAAACUUACUUCUUCAAAACCUUUAGCAAAACAAUCUGAUGAUUCAAAAAAAUUAAUAAAAAAGAUUGUUACGAAAAACUCUGACAAACCACCAAAGAAAGUGAGGAAAAAACCUGCUUCUGAUAAAUGUACUACUCAAUCGAAAGAUGAUAAAAAGUCAGUUCACGGCGCCACUGCCGAUCUGCCAAGACAUGCACAAUUUACUAAUAAGACACAGAGUAAGAAGACUGAGACAAAACCCUAUCCUAGAAGCAGGGUAACCACGAGACAAAAAAAUAUUUGUAUUGAGUCAUCGCUUUUACAAGAAAUUGCAAAAACUGGUUUCAAGCCAGCGUUGGUAAAUAAUCGUGAUAAAAAAAUUGAAACUUCAAAUACUCAAGAAGAUCCUGAAAUUGAGCAGAUUUGUCGAAGAAGUUCAAGAAAUAAAAGAAUAAUUGAUUAUAAAUGCUUGUUGAAAAGUUUUACGACAGUGUACAAACCAACUACUUUAGAGAAAAGUUCUUCAGCUUCAAAAUCACCUACGAUCGAAGAUGAUGGGAUUGAUUCUGAAAUUUUGACAAAUAAGACUACAAAAGCUACAACCAAAGAAAAAGAUUUGGAUGAAUCGAAAAGUGAUUCGAAUUUUGAUGCACAACAUCUUCAACACAUUGAGGAAAGACGUCGAAAACCAAUAUGCCCGAAUGAUUUAGCAUUAUCUGACAGUGGCUCUCUUUUUUCAUCUUUGAGUUUUAACUCAAGUACAGAAAAAUCUAAAAAACUAUCUGAAACAAUGCAUGAUACCAAAGAACCUAAAAAUGUCAUCAAUUCAAAAGGUACUGCUGAACUAAAAAAAAGUAUGGAACCUCCAAGAAAAAGUUGUAGAAAUACUAAACCCAUCAAUUAUAAAGAUUUAUCACAAUUUGGGAACGCUGUAUAUAGAAGUAAUAAGAGAACGUUUAAUGGUUUUGGAAAGAAUCUCAGAAAAUCAUCAAAAAAUUUUAGUACUGAAAUGGAAGACAAACCAAUCCAUUUAAAUCACUCUGAGCAAAAUUCUUUUGUCUCUACGGAAAUCACCAAUUUGACUGAUGACACACAUGGUGACUUUGCACCGUCUAAAAUGAGUAACGUUGAAAAACCGCAAAAAGAUUCUACGAUGAUAAAUGACUAUAUUUGCGAUCGAAGGCAUGUUGAUAAUAAACGUCGGGGUAAAAAAACAGCUCCAGUAAUAUCUUCCGACAGCAGUUCAUUAUUUUCUACUUUACAUCGUACUACAGAGAACCACUCAACUUCAAUAACUGUGCCUUUACACGCGUUUUCAACAAUCAACAAAAGCAAUAGUGAUGAUGAAAACCACGGCAAUAUUCUUUCAGAUGACGAAAAUGUAAAUACAAAUGCCGGUGUCGCAAAGCGUAUGUCGACGCCCAUUGUUUCAAGAUCGCCAGGCUUAAACAAACCCAGCAUACCUUUAUUCAAUUCUGUAUCUGUGCAUGGACCAAUAACAAAUAUCGAACAUGGGACAACACCAAAACUUGGAAAUAUAUCCCUACCUUCUUCAGUGGCAAGUCCAAUCAUAACGUCUUUUUCACCAAUUCCGAAUAUGUUGCCAGAGACGGGAGAUAAUGCAAGUGACCUCUCACCUGUCGACCUACCUCAACGCCAGUUAGGUCAUGUCAUUCAUCCUCGAAUUUCUCACCUAAGACAUCAAAGUACUCCCAAUUGUAUGUCUUCUCCAGAUGCUUGUAAUUCAUACUCAAGGAUGAGAAAAUUGUCUCAAGUUGUCAAACGUAAAAAGAAUGAGAAAAGCACGACUCGUACUCCUCAUAGAGCAAGAUCACCAGGCAGUCAUUUAUCUUCUUCAAUUAUAAAAGUUGACUUCAGAUAUAACUGUGAUUUAAUGUCAGAAGAACGAAGGCGUACCCUAGACUCAAUCAAACUCAAUUUAACCUCAUUAAUCAUUGAAGAACAAAAUUCUGAAAAAAAUGAAAUCGAGCAGGACUCUUCAUCUUUGAUGAAAACACGGAGUAAAUCAAGUCACUCAACACAGAAUCUUCAAGUUUGUGUUACGCCGAUGCGAAAUAGUUUUAUGCAACAUGUAAUAUCAUCUGGUGGAAGCAUACGACUAAAAUCUCUCGGAUUUGUUGACGCACUCACGCCAAAGCGUGCUAUUUCUAAUGAUGGAAGAAUACUAACCGCAAAAGAAAAAGUCUUAUAUGAAUGUGAACAGACAGAACCUAUAUCAUUUGAAGAAGCAUUACAAGGUGUAGUAAUUGAAUCAUGCACAAAAUUAGGCGAAGGAUUAUAUGGUGAAGUUUUCAGAUGUAAAUAUGAAAGCAGAACUGAUCCAGUUGCAAUAAAGAUCAUACCGAUAGAAGGAUCACUGAUUAUCAACAAUGAGAAACAGAAAACAUUUGAAGAAAUAUUACCUGAAAUUAUAAGUUCAAAAGAACUUCACGCGCUACGAGAAGGAGUCGUAAAUGUCACAGAUGGUUUUAUUGAAUUAUACAAAGUUACUUGUGUAAAAGGAAGCUAUCCACAGUUUCUGCUUGAAGCCUGGGAUGUUUAUGAUGAAGAAAGAACGUCCGAAAAUGAUAAACCUGAUAACUUCAGUAACGAUCAACUUUAUCUUAUAUUUCAAUUUGCUGAUGGUGGUGCAGAUGUCGAACACUUCGUUUUCAGAUCAGCCAAUCAGGCUUAUUCUGUUCUUCAACAAGUAUGUGCCGCAUUAGCAGUCGCUGAAAAAUCUUUAGAAUUUGAACAUCGUGAUCUACAUUGGGGAAAUAUUCUUGUCACUCCUACAACUUCAAAAACUGUAACUACAAACAUCGAUUCGAAAGCUUACACAAUAAAAACAAAUGGAGUAAAAGCAAGCAUUAUUGAUUUUACUCUAUCAAGAUUAUCAAAGGGUGGAGUGACAGUGUUUCAGAAUCUGGCUGCUGAUCCUGAUUUGUUUACUCUUAAUUCUGAUGAAGAUUAUCAGUUUGAAAUUUAUCGAAUGAUGAAAAACGCAACGAAAAAUAAUUGGUCUACGUUUGAACCUAAAAACAAUAUUUUUUGGCUGCAUUAUCUUAACGAUAAGUUUUAUAAAGAGGUGCAAUACAGAAACAAGAAAUCGAAAGUCCACAGAUGUGCUUUUGCAAAACUGAGACAAUUAGGGAAUGAAAUAAUGCAAUAUAAAUCUUGUUUCGAUGCUUUUUCAUCUAUUUUAUUUGGCGAAAAUGCUUGAUUUAUUUCUGUUAUUUCUCUAUAGUGUAUCAUUUACAGUCAAAAUCAAAUAGACUACAUAAAAAGGCUGAGUAGUUUUUUCUUGAACGUAUUACAGCCAAUUAAGAUUGGAACUUUCUACACAAAUUAAAACAUUUGUGCCCUGACCACUCAAGCUACAAUUGAGGUGUACUAGGGUAUUGCAUAUGAUUUUUGUUCUUCUUGUUUAUUACCCAAAUCUACAUUGCCACAAUGAUGCUUGAAUGAGAUAUUAUUCUCAGAAGACCUUAUAUGUGCCUAAUUUUUUUUAUUAUCAAAUCCUUUUGAUAGGAACCUAUGACUUAUCAGUAUCUAUGGAACGGAAAGCCAGCAUUUAUAGUUAUUUGCAGCUUAAUACUAAUAUAUUUCAAACUGCCAACAACUAGCACUACCUUUAUGAGUAUAGAGACACGUUUUUAGUAGCUUUCUGCACACUAUAUUCUUAAGUUUUUUUGCUUUCCGGGUUUGCUUUCAUUGAAUAUUUUCAUGUUAUUCUUUAUAGAAUGGUUUAUUUUGCAAUAAUGACGUUCAUUGCCUCGAAAAAAAAAAAAGAUAUUAAAGAA